CGCGCAGCGGAGUGUGCAGUUCAACUCGGAUACUGCCCCACCCCACCACCACCAGUCCACAGCUUUUGUCGCCUCCCCUAGCAAAGCUCGCACGAGAUGAAACCCUGAGCUGCCCUUGCCAUCGCCGCGGGGAGGGCCGGAGCGACAGGGGCGAUGCCGUCAUUAUAUUGCGCCCUCCACGCGCGCCUCCAAUUAUAAUGCCGCGGCACGCCCCCACACGCCGUGCUUCGCUGCUCCCGCUCGGCUGAACAAACGGCUCAGGGAACACAGAGGCUAUGCAGCCACCGCAGCCGCAGCCGGAGCCCGCCGCCAACCGGCGGGCACCCUCCACGUGCUCCCCCGCACAGAGGCGGAGCGGUGGCAUUGGGUGCAUGGCCGGCCUCCUCCGCCUCAUCUCGCCGUACCACCGGAGCCACCACCGGAAGCGCCUCACCGCCAAGAACGCGCCAGCAGCGCGGGCCUCCCAAGCACCGCCACCCCCGCCGUCCUCGUCGUCGCCCAGAAAGAAGGCGGCGGCCCAGCAGCCUUCAGCUUCGCCCGCGGCUUCUCCGACGAAGCCGACGGUGCAGCAGCUGAUGACGACCGCUGUUCGGCGGCGGCGCUCCUGCGACGCGCCGCGGAGCCCGACGAUCGCGCCGGAGCACCGGCGCUCCAGCUGCGACAGCCCCCGGGCGCCGCCGCCGGCCAUCAUCGCCCGCCUCAUGGGCCUGGAGGAGUCCGCGCCGUCCUCGCCCGCCGCGACGCUGCUGCGGCCAGUCGUCCCGAGUCGUCCGCCUCCGCCGCCGCCGGCGGCGGCGCCGGAGACAGCCGCGGAGAAGCGGCGGAAGCUGCUGGGCGCGCUGGAGAAGUGCGACGAGGACCUCAAGACGCUUCGCCGGAUCAUCGCGGCCGUCCGCGCCGCGGAGAUGCGCGCGGCCUCCGCGUCCGAGGUCUGCCCGGCUGCAGCGAAGACGACGGCGCAUGCGGGCAAGGGCGCCACGGGGACGUUCGCCCGCGACAACGAACACGUCGAACAGUCGCCGUCGCCGUCCCCAUCGCCGCCGACGCAGCAGCAGCAGCACCCCAGCCCGGACUCGGUGCUGGACGCCAUCAGCUCCCCGAGGUUCCCAUGCAGGAAGCGGCCGUCUCCAUGCACGGAUCUCGAUGUGGGUGGCAAGGGGGGCGCUUGCGGUGCCGUCGGAUCGAAGAUCGUGAAGCCCUCCCGAACCCUUGUUUUCUCCGGCGACUACUGCAAGAUCAAACCAGGCGGUGAGCUGCCGCUGCACGCCGUCCAUUACUACCCGGUGCCGCUGGCGGUGGGCAUGCCGAGGUCGGCCGGGGCGGAGAGCUGGCGGCACCACCGGCGGCGGUGGGAGCAGGAGGCCGCGGCGGCGGGGCGGGUGAUCAGCCGCGCGAUGGCGGAGAGCGUCGGGGAGGCAAUAAUGUGGGUGCGGCAGCAGCAGGCAGGCGCGGGCGACGACGAGCGCGGCAGGGUCGCGGCCGCGCUGGAGCGUGCCAUCGUGCAGGACCUGGUGGGCGACCUCGUUGCCGAGAUGAUGCAGCAGCAGCAGGCGCAGGCCGGGCACGGGGCCGGCGGCGGCGGGUGCAGGAAGAGACUGUGCUUCUGAUGCUGUGAAUUCGGCAUGUGCUUUUUUUUUCUUCUUCCUUGUUUUUUGUUUCUUUUGUCGCGUGGCGUCGCAUCGCAUGUGCUUGAAUUUGGCAGGUCAAGGUCUCUGAGCUGUGAGGAAUUAAUAACUGGCUCUGCUGCUGUGGCUGCGCCAUAGAUGUCAGUAGUCGCGGGUACAGCUCGCCUGGGUAGCUACCCCCACCUGACUGACGAUCGUGGUAGUAUUAAAAGAACGGAUUCGCCGCGGCGUCAGUUGUAGGUGGAGUAAUAACAAUCAAUAUGAAAGUGAUGAGAAGCAACUGCCAAGUACGCUGGCGGGCUCACUUGGAU